AUUAACAUUUGUAAACGGGAGCGCCUGCAGUUUGUCAAUAAUCUGUUUUGUCAAAUUGUUAUAACAAAAUAAUUUUCAUAAUUUAACUAAAAUAAUCGUGUAGACUGCCCAGAGUCCGCGAUUACUUGUGUAUCAUUUCUGUAGAUCGAUUUUUCAUAUCUGAAUCAUAAUGACCGAAAGAUUUACAUUCGGUGGGUCAGUUGCCCCAAUAACAUGUCAUGCUUGGAACAAAGACAAGACACAAAUUGCUCUAUCGCCAAACAACAAUGAAAUCCACAUCUAUAAGAGAGAUGGCAAUGAAUGGAAACUGAUGGACAUUUUAAAUCAGCAUGAUUUGAGAGUAAUGGGAAUUGACUGGGCAAAGAAUACUAAUCGUAUCGUAAGUUGUGCUGCCGAUCGUAAUGCAUAUGUAUGGCAACAGGGCGAUGACGGAAAAUGGAAACCAACUUUGGUAUUGUUGCGUAUUAAUAGAGCUGCAACUUGCGUGAAAUGGUCUCCUGCCGAAAAUAAGUUUGCAGUUGGUUCUGGGGCACGUUUAAUAUCGGUGUGCUAUUUUGAAUCUGAAAACGAUUGGUGGGUCUCCAAGCACAUAAAGAAGCCCAUCAGAUCAACAAUAACAUCUUUGGAUUGGCAUCCAAAUAAUGUUCUUUUAGUGGCCGGUUCCACCGACUACAAGGUGCGUGUUUUCUCGGCAUAUAUUAAGGACAUUGAAGAUCAACCGACUCCAACUCCAUGGGGCAAUCGUAUGCCAUUGGGUAACUUAAUGGCUGAAUUUAAAAAUUCUACCAAUUCGGGAGGCGGAUGGAUUAAUAAUGUCAGCUUUUCGAGUGAUGGUAACAAAAUCUGUUGGGUAGGCCAUGACAGUUGUAUUAGUGUAGCGGAUGCUACAAAUUCCAACAUUGUCAUACGUUGCAAAACUGAAUAUCUACCAUUUUUGGAUUGCGAAUGGAUAUCAUCAGUGUCUAUUGUGGUUGCUGGUCAUAGCUGUAUACCAUUGGUUUAUGGAUUGCAAGACGAAAAGCUGACUCUUAUUAAUAAAUUAGAUAAGUCUCAGAAGAAAGAGUCUAGUGGUAUAUCAGCAAUGCGAAUUUUUCAGUCUCUCGAUAGAAAUCUACGUACUGAAAAUUCCGAUACGUUUGUCGAUACUAUCCAUCAAAAUGCAAUCACAUGUAUUCGUUUGUACACAGGUGAAAAGUUGGAAUGCACUCGUAUUAGCACUUCUGGAGUUGAUGGUCAAUUGGUCAUAUGGGAUAUUGACACUGGUGUUAAUAAUUCCAUGAAAAGUCUUAAAAUCUAAACGAAGUAGUUACUUUGGCAUACUUGAAAUUGAUUAAAUAAAUGCUAAAUAAAAGUAUUUUUAUCUAUUCGUAAA